UGGGUGUUCUCGUUGCAGCAUUUGAAAAGCUGAAGGGCAUCAGCCAGACCAGCAGCAGCAGCAACAGCAGACUCUGUGUUGGACCGGGAAUCUGUGUUGGAGCGAGAUCACCAGGCUGAACACCUGGCUACAGGAAAGGCGAACGGGGAGCGGGAGAGACGCUUGCGACGUUAACAGAAUGAGGCUGUCAGGAAUGAUGGUGAGGGUGCUGGUCAUCGCCGGGUGCAUUGGCCUCCUGUGGCUGAUGCUCAGCAACAUUGUGCGCCCCUACGCCCUGCGUGCUCUCGACUUGGAGCUGAGCAAAGAUGAGAGCAAAACGGAAAAGAAAAUCGUCCCCAUGGUGGUGAAGAACGACUGCGACAUGGAGAAGCCGUGCCCUCCCAACAACUUCGCCUUCCGCAUCACGAGCGGCGCAGCUGACGUCGUGGGUCCCAACAUCUGCUUCUGGAACAGAACUGUUAUGAGCAGUGUGCUGAACAACGUAGGAGUGGGAAUAAAUAUUGCUCUAAUUAACGGACAAACGGGACAGGUCAUAAACACUGGACACUUUGACAUGUGGCAAGGAGAUAUAAAACUACUGAUACAGUUCUUGAAUGGGAUCAAGGAAGGCACGAUUGUCUUGCUGGCAAGCUUUGACGAUCCCUACACAAAGCUAAAUGAUGAGGCCAAGGCACUCUUUGUCAAGCUGGGCAGCUCAAUCGUCAACUCGCUGGCCUUCCGAGAGAGCUGGGUCUUUGUUGGCGCCUUGGGCAUCGAAGGAAAGAGCCCCUUCGAAGCGCGGCUGGAAAACAAAAAGGAGACCAACAAGUACGACGGCUGGCCAGAGAUGGUGGAGCUCGUGGGAUGCAUCCCACGCAAGCUGACAUGACGGCACCCGUUCAAGCGACCCGGGGCGAUGUCCCGCACGACACCGGCGGAAGUGAAGGCCCGCUCGCACACCCACAAUGCCUCGUGUGAUACCGUCGCGGUCCGCCUGCACCCGGGGAGUCAUUGCAGCGAUUGUUGGAUGGACAGCGGUGUUUCCCAAACUUUUAAGAUACUGUGAGUCUCUGAACGAUUCGACUUUGGAGGUUUCCUGCCCCUGCUGCUGCCGUUGUGGUUAUUG